UACAGGGUGUUGUUUGGGAAAUGAUAGUGUCAUUCAAAUGAAUAUCCUUUCACGCAACGUGUUUGACAUCAAUAUUUCUAUUCUACAGUUGCGUGCUGGGUUAAAGUCCUCUCACAACUAUAAUCUGCUUUACUGCAGAAGCGGAUUGUCUUCCCCGCCCCACCUGAUCACUGACAGGCUUUGGCCAAAACAGUUGCGGUGUGUUUUUCCUCCGCAGGACACAGAGACUCCACUGUCCGGCUCUUGCCAGCACUGUUCAGUAGUGAUAAGUUUUGUUAGAGGAUUGCUUUCGAAUUUGGCUACAAUGACAGGUUGCUGCGCUUGAAGUGAGAAUUGAAUCAUUGCGUUCAUGUAAACUGAACCAUGUCAGAGCAAGAGAUAAAGACAAAAAGUCAGAAGGACACUGAAGCGGUGAAUGAAGAGGUACCAGCUCCUACUCCUUUCAGCGAAGACACUGCAGUGUGCAUUGUUUCUGUGAAAAGCUUAAAGGAGAACUGGCAGAAGUGGUCUGAUGAUCACCAGGAGUACCAGAAGCACAAUCCCUUCAGUCAAGAGACCAGGCCCAGUGUAGUGGUCCCUCAGAGGGGACAGGACGACUAUGGGAGACCUAUGCAGGGCUCCAUGACGGAGCAGCGGGGGAGGGAUGCCCACACACACGUCAGCAGAGAGGUUCAGGAGCUGUGUGAGGUGAUAAGGAACAUUGGAGAGCCAAGAAACGGGGAUGACGGUGGAGGCAGCAGGGAUGGGAGUGUCAUCGCUGUAGAGUUUGGGAAACUGUUUGAGCAUUACGUGACUAUUUCAAAUAAAUUGGUGGGGAUCCUUCUACGAGCAAGGAAGCAGAGGUUGGUUCAUUUUGAGGGUGAGAUGCUAUGGCAGGGGAAGGAUGACAAUGUCAUGAUCACUCUGAUGACUUGAUGUAUCUCCAGUUGCUGUUGAAAAUGUCUUUUUCUCGCUUACAACGAAAAACCUCAUAAUUCACACCACCCUACAAGCCCAUAAGCAAUGCAUAUUAGGUGUGCAAACGUGAAGUACUGAAUCUAGUGUCCAGGUAUAUGCAUAAGAUGAAGUUGUGAAGUUGGCAAAAACAGCAAAUGUUCUUGAACUGAUCAUUUCCAUCUACUUGAUUGCAUUUAAUGUUUUAAUUUGGGGAAGUGUAGGAGUGUGUGGCUGAAAUGAAGACAGAGUUAAUGAGAGUGAGCCAAAGCCAAAGAGAACAUGAGGCUACAUGUGACAGACAAUAUGGUGCUAAAGGAUGAACUUGAUCCCACCUGGCUGUGGUACUCCAGUGUAUAUGUAUUACCAGUAGUAAUAGUAGUAAUUGCUCGUAGUUUGGGAGAUUGUUAGAGGUUGAAAUGUAGAAUGUAAAUCACACUGAUGCAUAAGAAUUAUCUCUAUUUCAUUAUUAAAGAACUAUGCAUUUGCUGCCAUGAAAAAUAAUAAGCUUUCUUAUCAUAAAGAGCAGUCGAUGGUUAAAUAAGCUGAGUGUUGCAUAUUAAAAGUAAUAAAAGAAGAAAAAACCUCCUCCUGUUAAAAAAAUCCUGUUUGUUAAUCAGUUACAGCAGAUGAUCAUUGAUCCAUAAUUGACAGCUGGUGCAGGUAAACUAAUGAAUGGGUAAGACAGAGAGAGAGAGACACUGUAAACUGAUACCACAAUGUGGGUUUAUGCU